AUGUCGACGCCACAGGCCGCCUUCCGGCCGAGCUACGAUACCUGCUCCGUAAUCACGGCCCUGUGCCCCGUCAAGGCCACCACACUCGGCUACUUCCCCAACCAGGGCGUCAACAUCUUUGUCGCCAUCGGCUUCGGGAUAGCGGCCAUCGUGACGCUCGUGUUUGGCGUGUGGAAGCGGACGUGGGGCUAUUCCAUCGCCAUUGCGGCCGGGUGCAUCCUCGAGCUUGCAGGCUACAUUGGGCGCGCGCAACUGUCCGCCAACCCGUGGAACGGAUCGGCCUUCAAGACGCAGAUCGUCGCCAUCAUCCUCGGGCCCACGCUCAUCUGCAUCGGCCUGUACCUGACGCUGCGGCACAUCGUGCUGGCGCUAGACCCAUCGCUCAGCCGCAUUCCGCCACGCGCCUACCCGCUCAUCUUCGUCCCUGCCGACGUGUCGUGCCUCGUGAUCCAGGCCAUCGGCGGCGGCAUCGCGGCGGCGGCGGGCCGCGACAAGGUGGACCUGCUGCAGAACGGCAACCGCACCAUCAUCGCCGGCAUCGUGCUUCAGGUGGUCGUGCUGGGCGUCUUCGGCGCCCUGAGCGCCGAGUACCUGCUGCGCGUGCGGCGCACGCUGACGGGCCCCAACCCGUCGGGCAACGAGGACGCCGUGGCGCUGUGGGCCGACCGCCGCUUCAAGACGUUCCUCUACGCCAUGGCGGGUGCCUACGCCGGCCUGGCUAUUCGCUGCGUCUACCGCAUCGCCGAGAUGGCCGGCGGCUGGGGCAACCACAUCAUGCAGGACGAGCCCUCGUUUGUCGUGCUCGAGUCCUUUGCCGUCCUCAUCGCCUCGGGCCUGCUCGCCGCCUUCCCGCCCGGCGUCUUCUUCCCCCACAUGUCCCACUCGCUCGCCAUCAAGAACAGCCGCCGGACGGCUGACACCGGAAGCGCGCCCGCAACUGCGACUGCAACUGCGGGCACCGCCACGCCCGGCCAGCAGACCGAAGGCGACUCGUCCUCUGCCAACGAGAAGCCCGCGAACGAGAAGCCAGAGGCUGUUUGA